AUGUGUCACCCGACCGAGAAUCCUGCCCCUCAGCACAUCGAGGCUGAAGACGUAACCGACGAGACGGAUUCUUCAUACGAAGAAGACCUGCCGAGCACGUCGUCACUGAGCUCUUCAAUCACGGACUACGAAUACGAAAAUGGCCGUCGGUAUCACAGUUUCAAGAAGGACAGCACAAUGUACUUCGCACCCAAUGACGAGGAUGAAAACGACCGACUGGACCUUGUCCACCAUAUGAUUACCCUCCGCCUCGGCGGCAAGCUACACCUGGCUCCAAUCAAGAAAGACGUGCAGGAAGUUUUGGAUCUUGGAACAGGAACCGGCAUCUGGGCAAUUCAGAUGGGCGACGAAUACGAGAGCGCAAGAAUCCUCGGCAACGACCUCAGCCCCAUCCAACCCCCGUUCGUGCCGCCCAACGUACGCUUCGAAGUCGACGACAUCGAAGACGAAUGGACAUACACGCAGAAGUUCGACUUCAUCCACGCGCGCUACCUGCUCGGCGCCGUGCGCGACUGGCCGGCGCUGGUGGCCAAGUGCUUCAAGUACCUCAGGCCCGGCGGCUGGAUCGAGCUGCAGGACUUCACCAUGCAGGUCUACUCGACCGACGGCUCGCUGGCCAAGGACUCGUACCUCACCCGCUACCUCACGGAGACAACGGAGGGGAUGCGCACCAUGGGCGUCGAGCCCGAGCCCGGCGCGAAGCUGGCGGGCUGGGUGAGGGAGGCGGGGUUUGAGGAUGUGCAUAAUGAGCGGUUUUCGUUCCCGGUUGGGAGCUGGCCGAAAGAUAAGACGAUGAAACAAGUUGGUUUGUUUAACCUUGCGAACUUUGCGGACGGACUGGAGGGAUUCUCCAUGCGCAUCUUGACUGGCCUUAGGGGAUGGAAGAAGGAAGAGGUUGAGGUGCAUGUUGCUGAACUGAGGAAGGAGCUUAAGAACCGGGCCAUACAUCCGCAACAUGAUAUGUAUGUUGUCUACGCACAAAAGCCGUUGGACGCAGAGUAA